GAUGUAAUUAAUGCAGUGGGCGCGUCACUCUCCGAUCCGGAAGUCCUUGGAAUCUUAAUCUUUCUCAUGUUUUACGGUAACUACUGUUCACUAUAGCUGUAUUUGAAGGUGUUAGUAAGCGUGGUACGCUCGUUGUCAGGUGAUUGCAGAGACCAACCGUGAGAUAUGGGUAUUCUAACGAGGCUAACCGCGACGGUGUAUCUAUUACAGAUAACAGUAUGCACUGUAUACGCUGGGAAUCCGUUAGACAAAUAUAUUCAACACUACGAAGGCCUGAACUAUGACAGAACGGAGUUACAUGAACGUCACAUCAGAGCAAAACGAUCACUUGACAGUGGAGUGGAGAGUGAGCGGACAGUCGAACUACAGUUUUCUGCGCAUGGCAGAAAGUUUCACCUUCGAAUGAAGAGAGACAAUACGUUGUUUGUUGAUGGUUUCGUGGUGCAGACAUCGGAAGGUGAAGAUGGCAACUACGAUACGUCGCAUAUUUAUUCCGGCAAACUACACGACGAGCCCGGAAGUCUUGUUCAUGGCACUAUUCUAGAGGGACUCUUUGAAGGCAAGAUUUAUUCUGGCGAGGACGAGUACUACAUUGAACCGUCCAGUCGAUACUUUAAUGAACCAACCGACUAUCACUCAGUAAUCUACAACGGUAAAGAUGUACAUUACCCGUACCCACACGGAGCGCAGUGUGGCCUGAGUGACGCAACCAAGAAGUGGAUGCAAAGCGUACAAGAACAGCCUGCAUUAGAGGCGUCCGAUGAAAUGGGUUCGUACGUGUCUUCUUCCAAGGAAAUGCACCAUCCGCAGGACAACAAGUACACCGAUCCUGCCAAGAGAAAGAAGCGCGCCCUCAAUGAACUAAACACGUGUACGCUGUACAUCCAAACCGACCACCAGUUCACCGCCGCGUUCGAUAACAACGACCAAGUCAUAUCUCAGAUUGUCAACUACCUUGGUGCCAUAAAUGCUAUUUAUAGAAGAACAAACUUCGGUGGAAUGACGGAUAUUUCCUUCGCUAUCAAGAGAAUUAGGAUAAAUGGCACAGAAGAGCAGAACGAUCUUUCAAAUCCAUUCCGGUUUGACAAUAUCGGAGUGGAGAAAUUUCUCGACCUGAACUCGGAACAGAAUCACAACGACUAUUGUUUAGCAUACAUCUUUUCAAACAGGGACUUUGAAGGCGGUGUGCUGGGACUCGCGUGGAUUGCCUACCCAUACGCUGGUUCAACCGGAGGCAUAUGUGAACGAUACAAGCAAUUGAGUACUAGAAAGGCCAGUUUCAACACUGGAAUUAUAACUAUCCAAAACUACGGAAGCCGAGUCACAACGAAAGCAUCUCAUAUCACUCUUGCUCAUGAAAUUGGACAUAACUUUGGAUCCCCGCACGACUACCCGUUAGAAUGUCGGCCUGGUGACAGUGAUGAUGAAUUAAACAUAAUAGACGGUAACUAUAUUAUGUAUGCCAUGGCAAGAAAGGGAAACAAAUUAAACAACAAUAAGUUUUCAGAAUGCAGCAUCGGCAACAUGACUCUGGUCCUUAACGCCAAGAAAGACAGAUGCUUCAUAGAAUCCUUGGAUGAAUUCUGUGGUAACGGUAUCGUAGAAGGUGACGAGGAGUGUGACUGUGGUUUCAGCGACCAAUGCGAUGAAAUUUGUUGUUAUCCACAGACUGAACAAGGUGAUCCCAUGGCGUGCCAACUCAAACUGGGAGCUAACUGCAGUCCUUCACAGGGUCCGUGUUGCAAUGAAGAAUGUAACUUACACCAGGGAGGCGAAACUAUUAUGUGUGACUCUGCGUCUGAGUGCAACGAAGUCUCAUAUUGCGAAUAUCCUUUGAAUCAUUGUCUGAAUGCAAAGUGCCCAGCACCUGUGUUAUAUCCAGACAGAACUCCCUGCAAUGAAAACAGGCAGGUUUGCUUCGAUGGGGAAUGUUCAGGAUCGAUAUGCGAAGCUGAGGGUGUCUUGAUGGAGGAAUGUUUCUGCGAAGGAGAAGAAUUUGCCGAGAAUCAGAAAUGCCACGUGUGUUGCCAACAACCUGAUAAUGGUAAGAUAAUAUUACAUCAUGUCCGGUUUUCCGAUGCACACGUGACCAUGUACUGCUCGAUCACGUCAUCAUGA